AUGUUCUUCCUCUAUACCCUCGAGCGGCGCGUGACGCUGCAUCCGUCCUACUUUGGCAAGAACAUGCAUGAGCUUGUCACGGGCAAGUUGCUGAAUGACGUCGAGGGUACCUGUACCGGAAGCUACUAUAUUAUUACCAUCAUGGACACCUUUGACAUCUCCGAAGGCCGGAUUCUGCCAGGUAGUGGGCUUGCCGAGUUCACUGUGAGGUACAAGGCGGUUGUUUGGCGACCCUUCAAGGGUGAGACGAUCGAUGCUAUCGUUGUCUCUGUGAACCAGCAUGGCUUCUUCGCCGAAGCUGGUCCUCUAAGGAUCUUUGUUAGCUCGCAUUUGAUUCCAAGCGAUACAAAGUGGGACCCCAAUGCUACGCCCCCCGAGUUCACCAACGGCGACGACUUGCACAUCAGGGUGGGAACGCACGUGCGUGUCAAGCUGUUGGGUACCCGAGCUGAGGUCGGCGAGCUGUGGGCCAUUGGCAGUAUCAAGGAAGACUAUCUCGGGGCUCUGGAGUAA